AUGCCCGGCAUGCCGUCGCUAGAGGUCAUGCCGCCGUACAAGCCGGCAGACCUGUCCGAGACGGAGAUGAACGAGUUCAACAACAUGACGGCCGAUGACAUCAUGGCGCAGGACGACCCGGAGAAGCUCCGGCGCCUGUUCCACUACAUGACCAAGGAGGGCUUUCCGCAACCUGCUGAGAGAGCCAAGGCACGGCUGCGAGAACUGGGCAAGGUUCUCGAUCCUGACGACCCAGCGUACCGCGAGAUCAUGAGCAAGUUCAAGGCGGAGGCCGACCAGGACAUCAAGGGCUUCCUGGCCGACAUUCGCGGCGCGGAGGAGGCGGCUGCGGCAGCCACGGCCGAUGCGGGCGGCGCCGCGGGCCGCGUGCCGCCCGUCCGCGGGGUCCGCCGGCGCGCGCCCGCCGCGCCGGCCGAGGGCGCGGGCGAGCGCAAGGUCGACAGCAAGUUCACGGACAGCGGCAAGGUGCGCUCCGGAAAGGAGUACUACGACAACUGGGACAAGUACGCGGCGCAGGCCGAGGGCGCGGAGGAGGGCGCGGAGGAGGGCGCGGAGGGGGCGCCGGGCGCCGGGCGCAACGCGGCGGCGUCGGGCCCGCAGCACACGCGCAACCUCGCCGACGCCAACAAGGGGCUGUCCGCGGUGGAGCGCGGGUGGCUCGCGGAGCGGCAGAAGGAGAAGGGCAACGAGUUCUACCGGGCGGGCGAGCUGGCCGCGGCCGUGGAGGCGUACACGCUGGCGAUUGAGCUCAAGCCGGGCGUGGCGGCGUACCACACGAACCGCGCGGCGGCGUACCUCAAGAUGAAGCAGUGGGUGGACGCUGAGGCCGACUGCUCGAUCGCGCUGAGCGUCGACGGCAAGAACGCGAAGGCCUUCCUGCGGCGGGGAACUGCGCGCCUCGAGCUCGACAGGCCCCUCGACGCGCGCGCGGACCUCGACGCGGCGCUGGACCUCGACCCGGACAACCAGCUGGCCGUGCAGAUGCGCGAGAAGGCAGUCAAGGCUCUGGAGAAGAAGACGCAGGGCACGAGCGCUGCCGGCGGGUUGCGCAAGAUGAAGAUUACAGAGGUUGAGGGCGACGGGGGGGCCGACGCGGCCGCGGCGAACGGCGCGCAGGAGGCGCCCGCGGACACCACGCCGCCCGCGCCGGCCUCGGGGGCGGCGAAGCGGCCCGCCGCGCCCAGGCCUGCAGUGCCGCCGCCGGAGCCGGUGCCGGAGCCGCCCACGGCCCCGACGGCCCCGGCGGACCCGCAGAAGGACGCGGACGCGCUCAAGAGUGCCGGGAACGCGGCGUUCAAGGACGGGAAGUUCCCGCAGGCGGUGACCUCCUUCACGGCCGCGCUGCAGAAGGCGCCCGACAGCGCGAUCCUGUACUGCAACCGCGCCGCGGCGAAGCUGGGGCAGAACGACGCCGCGGGAGCGUACCGGGACGCCGGUGUGGCCGCGACGCUCGACCCGAAGUACGGCAAGGCCUACUGGCGGCGCGGGUGCGCGGCGCGGCAGCUCGGGCGGCUGUCGGUGGCGCAGCAGGAUCUGGAGCAGGCGUCGCAGCUGAUGGGGUCGAGCGCCGGUACGGAGGUGAAGCGCACGCUGGUCGAGGUGAAGGUGGCGCUCGCGAAGCGGGAGCGCGGGCGCGGGGGCGACGUGGGGAGCCGGCGGGAGUACAACAACGGCGCGCUGGUGAUCGAGGAGAUCUCGGAGGACGAGGACGCGUCGGAGGAGCGGCGCUGGGCGGACCAGGAGGCGGACCGCGCGGCGCGCGUGGCCGGGAAGGCGCGCCAGGCGGCGGCCGAGGUGCUGCGCGCGCACGGCGCCGCGGCGGAGAAGUACGCCGCGGAGAUGGAGGCGUACGUCAAGGCGUGCGAGGAGCACCAGGCGGCGCUGCAGCGCAGCCUCGAGCAGCAGGAGGCGGCGGCGAAAGCGGCGAGCGCGGCGGCGGACGAGUCUGCUCGAGAGGUCCAGGCGCAGGUGGCCGAGGCGCCGGACACGGCCGCUGCCGAGCGGCUCAAGGACGAGGGGAACCGCCUGUUCGCGAGCGGCGACCUGGAGGGCGCGGAGCGUGCGUUCACGGAGGCCCUCGCGGCGGACCCCGGGUACGUGCCGGCGCUGUCCAACCGCGCGCUCGCGCGGCUGCGGAUGGAGCGCUGGGAGGACGCCGAGGCGGACUGCAACGCGGUGCUCGCUGCGGAGCCCGCGCACGCCAAGGCGCUGCACCGGCGCGGACUCGCGAAGCGCGGCGCGGGGAGGUACGAGGCCGCGAUCCGCGACCUCGAGGAGCUAGCGUCGCGCGGCAACAUGCGGAACAACCCCCAGCUCGCGGAGGACCUCGCGGGGGCCAAGGCGGACCUCGCGCGGCACACCGCCCCGCCGCCGCCGCCCGCCGCCGCCCCUGCCGCGCGUGAGGAGCCGCGCCGGCCCGCGGCGCCGGCGCUGCGGCGCGUGGAGCUCGAGGAGGACAGCGACGACGACGAGGAUGGCGACGAGGCCACCAGCGCCGUGUUCCCCGUCCCCGGGUCGCCCGAGGCCGUCGAGCGCGCCGCCGCCGUCAAGGAGCAGGGCAACGCGGCGCUCAAGGCCGGGAACUUCGAGCUCGCGGAGCAGCUGUACGGGCAGUCCAUCGGCCUGGACUCGGCGCCGGCGGCUGCGUGGGCGAACCGCGCGCUGGCGCGUCUGAAGCUGAAGGAGUACGCCGGCGCCGAGUCGGACUGCUGCGAGGCGCUUAAGCGAGAUUUCGCGCACACGCGGGCGCUGCACCGGCGCGGGCUGGCGCGCAUGCACCUUGGGCGCGCGCCGGAGGCCGUGGUGGACCUGCAGCAGUGCAUGAUCCGGCUCCCUGGGAACCAGCAGGUGGUGGAUGAUUUGAAGAAGGCAAAGAGUAUGUGCGAGGUGCCGCGGAAGACGAAGACCGCCGCGCCGGCGCCGACGGCCGCGGGGGCGCGUUUCGAGGCAGGGGGCGGGGCGCAGGCGGACGAGGCCGCGAAGGAGCGGCAGAAGGCGGCGCAGAGAGCGGAGGCGGCGCGCAUCAAGCAGGAGAAGCUGCACCAGGCGGCGUCGGCGCAGGCCGCGGCGGCGCUGGCGACGGGGAUGCUCGACGAGCUGCCGCCGAAGCCCCGGAGCGCGCUGGACUUCGAGCGCGCGCUGAAGCAGGUCGGCGGCGACGCGAAGCGCACCACGGCGUUCCUGAGUCAGGUGCAGCCGGCCGAGUACCCUAGGAUCGUGAAGUCGGGCCUGUCGCCGGCGCUCGUGGUGCUGCUGUGCCGCGCCGUGUCGGACGCGCUGGUGCCGGAGGGCGAGGCCGAGCUGGGCGCGAGUGUGCUGCGGACGCUAUCCAACGUGGACCGCUUCGCGAUGACGUCGCGGCUGGUGGGGCGCAAGGACAAGGAGUUCGUGCGGGGGGCGUUCGAGGCCCUGCGCGGCGCGCUGGAGAACGAGGCGGCCAAGAGCGAGCUCGACGGGCUCGCGAAGAGCUACGGCGCCGUAUGA